AUGGAAGUAGACAGUAUAUUAGGUUCCUUGAGCAUAACUGAUGAUUUUGACCAAUUGGUUGACGUCACAAGUCUGUUUGAUGAAUUGUGUUCAAAACUAAAACCAGAGGCUAUCGUGAAAGAUCCCAGGUUUGAUUUGUUCGAGGGUACACAUUCUUUAGAGGUCAACAACUCCAAAUUAGACUCCAGUCUGAUAGAAUUGACAGCAGAAGAAAUAGAAUUUGAUGUGAACGUGGCCUACGAUCCACCGUUGGCAAGUGUAGCAGCCAUAGCGGAUAGAUUACUUAGAUGUGUUAUCUCCUGGCUGAAUGACUACCAGACUUUACCCACUACUGUAUUAAGCUGCAGGUAUACAGAAAGCUUAUUAUCGUCAUUAGUUAAGGGAACAACUGCCGGUUCGUCCUGGUGUACAGGGAAUAUUUUGUAUGAUAAAGUACUAGGAAGUUGCAUACUUGGCGUUUGUUAUUUAACAAAAUUUGUGCAGAAACUCUUGAGUGCUGGUAUUGUUUUUGAAGAGGAGGAUUUAAAUUUUAAUAACAUGGGGUUUAAUACAUUCGAUAAUUUGCCGGGGCAAGAUGUUGUUAUCAAUUCUCUCACCGAGAGCCUUCAGAUAUUAGAGGCAUAUUCUGAUGAUAGCUUACAUUUAACUAUGCUGAAGCAUAUACUAAAAAUUAUCAUUUGCUUAGUCCACUUAGAAGACCAUCUGACAGACUAUUCCACAAAGACAAGCCACCUGGAUGAGCUAAUUGAAAACGCUAACUCGGUUAAUGGCAUAUUUCCACAAUUACAGCUGUCUCCACCAAAGGGUGCGUUCUCAACAUAUAUACAAAAGCACAGGUCUAAUCAAUUCCCUCCCAGGAAGAUUACGAAGUUACCGACGGAUUACAGCGGCUUUAUUACACUGGCAAAUGAUGUUAAAACAAUACUCCUUGUAGAUAAAGCCGAGUCUGCGUUGGAGACCUACCAGUUUGCCAAAUUCUUCAACAAGUUGGAACAAAGGCAUGUCAUUGCAAGGAUCUUAUUCCCCUUAUUUUUCAUUAGAGACGACAGAACAGUUUUGGGUAAAUUUUCAUAUACCCAAUUUUAUUUGCUACAUGUCAAGGAGUUUUCAGCACAAACUCCAUCUGAAUUUGAAUCCUCUAUUGGUAAUGAACUUAUCCAAGAAAGCUCUAAUAUGCUUUUAGAAUGGUACCAAAACUGCUCCCAAAACACAUGUAGAUAUAGACAAGGUUUUAACAGGCAACUUAUUCUAUGGGAUUCUCUUCAAGCCCAGUUUGAAAGUGUCAAUUCACAAGUUUACUGUUCGUGGACAUAUUUUAUGAAACUAUCAAGUAUGAUCGAAUUCUCUUUAAAGGGGUUUGAUUUGGAUAUUUACAAACCCUUUGAAGCAUACUCUAUGUUUUGGUAUGUUUAUUAUUUAAGUCACCACUUAGAAACCUUUUUGAAAGAUAGUCAAAAUGAUAUUGAAUCAAAUAUUAAUGCCAUUCAUUCCAUGAACAAAAAACUUAAAAAAUUGAAAGCUGGUGAAAAGAAGGACCAAUUGAGGCUAAAGUACAGGUUUGCUAUGGAUAAUGAAAUGGAACAAUUACAAGCUACCAAACAAUUUUUAAACUAUCUUUUGAAGGAAAUUAACAUUACCAAAUCUUUAUGUCUAAUAGAGGUUUUCCAAUUUGCAAUUUUAAAGUCAUUUGGUUUAAUUGACAACAAGAAUAGUACUCCGUCAAAAUUCUCUAAUGAACGGUUAAUCCAUAAUUUGAGAUUCAAGCCAUUUAAUUCAAUUGGUGUUCCUGAGUUACCAGAAUAUGAAGUAUUUCAACAAACUUUAAAAGAUUUUGUCAUUGAAGAAAAAGGAGCUGCAUUUGAUAUAAAGUUAGAAAGGGCCACUAACUUUAUCGAAACUGAAGUGCGCAAUGUCGUUAGUUCUAUUGAUGAGAUAAUGCAAGGAAUCAAGGGAGGCGAUAAUAACGGCGUUCUAGUAACAGGAACAAGACUGGUUCAAGAGCUCUCUCUGGAGUACUAUUGUAAACUAAAACAUACUUCUAAAGCAUUAUCAGUCAACUCAAAAGUUAUCGUCAACACUUUGAAAAAGAACAUUAAAAACAAGGACUCCCACGAAUACAAGGUUGAAUUAGUUCAUACAACAGAAGGAUGGAACUAUUUCCCCAUACAAACAUUGAGAAUAAAGCAAGACCGCUAUAAAUAA